AUGCAAAUAUUCCCUUCGCCUGGUCUGCGUUGAAGCAGUAGUAGUAGAGAAGGGGAAAAGACUGAAGCAGCCGAGAGGAUAGAUGAAUAUUCCGUAGAAUCAAUGGGGGCAAAAGUGGAAACUCUCCUAAACAAACAAAGACCCACCACCCUCCCCUCCUCCUUCUUCUUCUUUGUGGCCUCAGACCAAAGAAGAUCCCAACUUCUUCUUCUUCUUCUGACCCUGCGAGGUAAUGGUGAGGGGGAAAGUGGAGCUUCGGAGGAUCGAGAACGCGGCGAGCCGGCAGGUGACCUUCUCCAAGCGGCGGAGCGGGCUGAUGAAGAAAGCUCGCGAGCUGUCCGUACUGUGCGAUGCGGAAAUCGCGGUCAUCGUCUUCUCACAGCGAGGGAGGCUCUCCGAGUUCUCUAAUCACGAAAUGCAGAAGACGAUAGCUCGGUACCAAAAGUAUGCAGGAGUUGAAGUCGACAAGAGAGAUACAAAUUACUGCAUUCAGCAGCAACUCAAGCAAGAAUCCGCUUCUAUGGCCAAGAAGAUUGAGCAGCUUGAAGCCUCCAGACGGAAACUCUUAGGGGAACAGUUGGGGUCGUGUUCCCUGGAAGAGAUCCGAGGCCUCAGCGAGCAGUUGGAAAGAAGCUUAGCAAACAUCAGGCUCAGAAAAGAUCAAAUGUUCAUGGAGCAGAUGGAACAGCUAAAGUUACAGGAAAAGGAGUUGCGAGAACAGAAGGCAACUUUAUGUGAAAAGUGCCGUGAGAAGCCACAGGAACCGGCAAGACGGGAGACAGAUUACGAGUCGGCGGCGACGGCGGGAAGCAGCGUGGGAUUCAGCAAUGAGAGUUCGACGGUGGAGACGACGCUGUCCAUCGGACUACCGACGGCGGCAACACAUUGUGGUUUGAAGUAGAUUUUGUUUCGCCAGUUUAGCUGCCUCUUAAUUUCUUUCCCGUCAUCGAUGAUUCAUAUAUAUACCGGAACCACAAUAGCAAGCAAGUGUAUACUAAAGUUGGGAAUUAAAUAUAUAUAUAUAGUGUAAUAAUGAGCUGUGAAUGGAACGGCAGGAUGAAUCAGGAAGGAUAAAUGGGCUUGGUGGGCUUUUGGUAGACCGCUUACAACAUAUGGGCUUCAAUUAGCAUAUCUGCAUGGGCUUGAGUAUUUCUG